AUGACUGAUUCCAUACCAAAACAAACCCUUAUUAAAUCACGAUCGAGUGGAUCGUUAAGAGAUAGCGUUAUUGAAAGUACCGAUAUCUUUACGUCAACACACCUUGUUGACAGUGAUACAGAGAAAUUUAAGUACAAAGGUGGAAGGAGAGCUAUGCUGCCUUCCAUAAGUACAGUGAAUGCCGCUCAGGCCGUUUUUACUGAAAGUAAAGACACGAAGGUUAGUCAUUUCGAUACACACACGCAUGUCGCAACUAAUGACUUUCAUACGAUGAAGAAAAAUGCGGGUCAGCCAACUCAAAAUGACUCAGAAUUACAACCAUACCCAAACACAACUGUAGACACAGUGAAAAACGUGAACGACGAUGAUUUCGAUAUUUUCAUUCUACGCAACUUUACUCCGUUUACCGGAAAAGGUGACGUCGUUCAAUGGCUUGCAGAAACAGAAGAUAAAUUCACUCAGUUUCGUAUUGCACGAUGUCUUCGUUAUCAAUCCAUCUCACUAUUAGUUAAAGGAGAUGCAAAACGCUUAUAUCUAUCACAUCGUAAAACUAUUCACACUUUCGAUGAUUUCUAUGAAUUUAUGAUAGCUACAUUUCAAGCUAGUUCACAUUCUUUUUGUUCGGUCAGUUCAUGCCUAUCUGAUAAUACAUUACGUGUCACGAAAUGUGAUACUUGUCAAACACAAAUCAUUCCUAAGACUGAUACAACUCUUUCACACACGAACUCUUCAUGUCAGCCGGAUCAUCACACAGAUCCUAAUAGGCCCAAUGCUGUUCUUCACACCACCAUGGUACAUGGUGAGGUUUCAACUAUGGAUCAGAAUGCACUAUCACUCAACUCUUCUACUAGUCAAGUCGAUCCUGCUAUUAACGAACUUCGCAAAGCUAUAGUUAGCAAUCUAAUAAAAAAUCCAAAAACAUUCAAAGGAGAAAAGGAUGACGUUAAAAAAUGGUUGGAAGAUAUUGAACAUCUUUUUGAUAUCGCACAUCUUCCUAAUUCUACUCGACUCGAUCUAGUGUCAUAUUCUUUGCGUGCUGAUGCUUUCGAAUGGUAUAAAAUCAAUCGUUCUUCCUUUACAUCGUGGGAGAUUUUCGUAACUAGCCUCAGAAAAGCUUUCACGUCAAAUUUUCACGAAGAAUUAGCAUUUAAAAAAUUGGAAGCAUAUUCUCAGGGAGAAAAUCAGUCUAUUCGUACCUUUUUCAAUGACGUUUUGAAAUUAUGUAAAGAAGCCGAUCCAACUAUGACUGAUGCAACUAAAUUGAAAAAUCUCUUGAAUAAAACGAAACCUAGUAUUCAAUAUGAAGUUCGCAAGAAAAAGCCGACCACCACUCUUGAGUUUCUGGAAUUUGCCAAAGAGGCCGAAGAACUCAUGCAGCUUUCAAACAUGACCUUUUCUGAGUCCAACUAUCCGAAUAAUGUGUCAUACAUGCGUUCUUCACCUUCAUCAGUGCGUCCCACCUUUUCUCAUUCGUCUUCUUAUUAUCCUUCACAGCCUUCUCGAGCUUUCAAUCCGAAUCCUCGCUUUGCUAAUAAUCGAAACAUACCUUCAUCUUCACAAGAUUCAUCUUUCUCACGAAACUAUGCGCCACAGAAUGUCUCUAGAACGAGUUACAAUUCUACACUAUCAUCACAGAAUAAGAAUUCCACUACGGCUUCUAAUCAGACUUAUACUCGUCCAAACGUUCCUUUAGCGAAUUCACCUCGUCUGAAUUCGACUACUUCAUUUCCACCAUCAACCCACACUGCUAAUACUAUUCAUACAGCUUCAUCCCCAGAUGAUGCUGAAACUGAGACCGAGUCCCUUCCUUCUAUCCUUUGUAGUCAAUGCAAUCAACUCGGUCAUGAUGCUUCGACAUGUCAACAUUUCUAA